AUGGUCCUGCAGCAACAAUAUCGUGAGAAAGGGUUUAAAAAAUAUUGUGAAUUAAUCUCAUAUCUUCUUGUGGCUGAACAAAAUAAUGAGCUCUUAAUGAAAAAUCUCCAAUCACGUUCGACAGAUUCUAGUCCAUUCCCUGAAGUGAAUGCAACAUCAUCUAAUUAUAACGGAUGUGGGUCUAACCGUGUCCGUGGCCGUGAUCGUGGUCGAGGUCGUGGACGUGGUGGAGGCCGUCAUAAUAAUCUUCCCAACAAUAAUAAUAAUAUAAGUAACCACCAGAAGUGGGAAUGUAACAAAAACCCACAUCCUAAUGAUAAAAAUGGCCAAGGCAAAAAGAAAGUUGAAAAUGUUUGUCACCGAUGUGGAAUGACCGGUCAUUGGUCGCGUACAUGUCGCACUCCAAAGCAUUUUGUUGAUCUUUAUCAAGCUUCUCUAAAAUAUAAAGAAGGAAAAAAUGCGGAAACAAAUUUCGUUCAAAAUUAUUUUUACGAAGAUCAACUAGAAAUGGGACAUUUGAAUGUCGCCGAUUAUCAAGCCAACACGGAAGAGACAAGCGGUGUUAUGGAUGGUGAUGGAAGUACCCAAUUUUUCCCAUAA